AUGCACGAACUGGCCAACAUGGCAGUAGACAAAGCACAACAACAAGUCCAACAAAAUCAGCAGCAAAACCAAGCAGCCUUUCCGCCACCUCCAGCAGAAUUUAUCAGUCCUGUCGAAAAGCCUGAAGGUUCAACAGAAAAAGAAAGCAGCACCAGUGAAAGUUCCUUGGAGUCUUCCAGCGGCUACGGUAGCAGUCAUACUACCUUCAAUAUGGAAGAUCAUAAUCAACAUAUGGAUGAUGUAACAAAAUCCAAUAUGAAUAAUGCAGCCAGCAAAUACUGUACUCUACCCAGACACAACGACUCUGUAGAUGGCCAGAGGCGAAGACCUUUAUCAAUGACAGCAAUGAAUACUCUGGGUACACUUCGCAACAAUCUCCUGCGCAGAGGCAGCAUGCAAAACCAAAAACCUCCGCCUCCAAUAAGAAGGACGUCUUCCAUUACCAAUACUUGUGGUUCAAUUGGGAGUUUGGAAAAUUUACCUCCACCUCCAGCUUUCCUAUUGGAACCCACCAUCAGUAGUGGAAUACAGAGUCCCAGCCAGCAACAACUUGGCACUGUUAAAGACAUUAUACCAAAUCCAGGAAUAAAGGUUGCAGAAACGGUGAAAGCCUUAACCGAACUGAAACACACUCCGGCCAGUCCAAAUUCUAUUCGACGUAAUAUGGUUGCUAAUAACAUUUCCGGAUCCGUCCAGAACAUCUUUCAGCCUUCCACAGCCAACGAAAGACCGCACGGCUUCUCAACUGGAAUGGGAAAUGUCGAAAGGCAGAGCAGCUUUCAGCCAACAGGAAAUACUAUGGCCAUGUCCGGUUCGAAUCCUGUAUUGAGUACUUUCCAGAGUCAAACCAAAGUUUCCUAUUUAUCACAAUCCAGCGGCGUGGUAUAUGCUCAACCAUCCCAAAUCAUUGGAGGUAGUCCUAAUGCUGUAAGAAGAAUAACCAGUUUCAGAUCACAAAGUGCAGAUCGAAAAUCAGAUGAAAACUGGCAAAAGAAUAAUUGUGGAAAUUUUUCAGAAAAAAGAGGAAAGAAAAAUUCUGGAAAAUUGACUUAUUUAAGCAAAAUUAAGGAAAAUUCAUCCUCUCAUAUUUCAAUUUAUUUCUGGAAAACUAAUAAAGCAAAAGUUGUGAAAUUUUUCCAAGAGAAAGAAGAAAAUAAGGAGCUCAUUAUAGGAAAAUUUCGAAAUUUUCCACCUGAUCCGAAAGUAUGCCACGAAUCACUCAUGGAUCAGAUCAAGCGUGGAGCGACACUGAAACGAGCGAAAAUUAUCAACGACCGAUCAGCUCCGAAAAUCUACUAG